CUCUUCAGUGCCUAAAAGUGCUUCAAGCUGAUCGUACGCUUAACUACAAAUGGCUGAGAAGGUGAACGUUGAGGAGUUGGAGCUGAGUCAGAUUCUCGGAGGUGGAGCUGGUGGAGAGGUGAGGAAGGCCACCUGGAAGGACAAAGAAAUCGCGGUGAAGGUGUCUUCCCAUGCAGAUGAGUCACUCAAGAAGAGUGCAGAAAGGGAAUUCACACAUUUGACGCAGAUCGAGCACGAAAAUGUCAUCAAGAUAUAUGGAGUGGCCAGCGACGGCCAGAACACCUAUUUGUUGAUGGAGUACAUGAAGGAGGGCUCCCUCCACGACUUCCUUUACACCGAUAAAAACAGGGAGUUCUCCAUGGAGCAGGCCCUGCGUUGGGCCUACCAAUGUGCGAAGGCCUUGGCCCACCUGCAUUCGAGGGAUCCUCCGGUGGUGCACCGCGAUGUCAAGCCGGAGAACAUGUUGCUGGAUGAUCAGCUCGAAAAACUAAAGAUCUGCGACUUUGGCAUUGCAACGGAUGGGGCCAAUAACAGGUCAGAUAUGCGAGGUACUCCCAGGUACAUGGCUCCAGAGGCAUUUAAAUAUAGGCAGUACACCGUCAAAAGCGAUGUCUAUAGCUUUGGAGUCAUGCUUUGGGAGAUGAUGACCCGUCAGCUGCCCUAUAGUCACUUGGAAAACUACAAUAAAUUCGCUAUAUUGAAUGCCCUUGCAAAGGGCAAACCCCUUCCAAUGGACGCACUGAGACCCGAUUGCUGGGAGGGGAUCAAGAUGCUGAUUAAGAACUGCUUGGAUCACGAUCCCGAAAGGCGGCCCACCUCCCAAAAGAUCGAGGAGUACCUUGGCGAACUGUGUGUGACUAGGAACAGCAAGCUGCUCCCUCCGGUGGAGGUGCAGUUGAAGUGCUGGGAGGGAAUCAAGCACCUGUUCGAGUGCUACAUGGACGAAGAUCCCGAGAAGCGUCCGACCAACGAGCAGAUCAAGGAGUACCUGGGCAGAUUGUGUGAGCCCACGAACUACGAGGACUUCAUCCAGAUCCUGGACGACAACACCGUCGUCGUGGUGGCCUUCCACAAGGAUGGGGAUGGUGACCUUCACGACAUGCACGUGGAUAUCUUCCCGCACGAAGGCAACCACGUCCGUAUGCAUUUCCCAAUUCAAGAUACGAAGAAUCGAAAUUUGGGAAAGGUCAUCGAGCGGGAAGUGCGACGGGCGGAGAAGGACACCGAGCGGGAGGUCUCCAGGGCUGCUCACCAUGCCGAGCGGGAAGUGAGGAGGGCGAUCCAGCAUGCGGGCCGUGAAACCGAGAGGGCAGCCCAGGAUGUGGCCCGCGAAACCGAGCGGGUGGCCAAGCAAGUUGGUCGAGAAAGCGAGCGGGUGGCGAAGCAAGUUGGUCGAGAAAGCGAGCGGGUGGCCAAGCAAGUUGGUCGAGAAAGCGAGCGGGUGGCCAAGCAAGUGGGUCGCGAAGCCGAGCGGGCGAUUAAAAAGCUGAGAAAGCUGCGCUUCUAGCGAAAAAUGCGAGAAUUAUUAAUCUGUUAUGCUAAUGUGCCGCAGAAUUAUUAAUAAAAAGAAAAAGAGGCGACUGCAUGCAGAGAGUCCUUUCACAACAAUCCCAA